GAAUUAUUUAUAUAUAUUUAUUAUGAAAGUGAUAGAAUAAGAAUUUCAUUUUUUCUGUUAGUGCGUGAUUGAUUUGUAUUGAUAGUUGAAUUCGAAAUCACAUUAAAAUGGUGAAGAAUUUUGUGACUGAGUCGGAGAAAGAUGAACUUUUGACGUCGCACGCUGGGCAGUAUUUCGUUAAAGAGAUUACUCCUUUACGAAUGAUAUCACAGGCUCUCGAUAGUACGCGAUCGGAAUUGCAGGCAAAUGGUGCACAUUUUAUUUUGGAUCAUUUUGAUACAUUUUUUUCUAUUGUUGUUCAUGGUGAUAAAAUUGAGCUUGAAGUCUGCCUGCGUUCCUUCAGUAGAAUCCAUAAGGCUUUAGAGAUACUUGUGGAUGAUCUGGAAAAAAUAUUUGACCAUGGCAAGGAUAUUACAGAUGAUGAAGAUAGGAAAACAUAUUUAUGUAUUAACAAUAUGUUAGCAUAUUUAUUUUCAUGGUUUAUCUGUCAUAUAGAAGAGCAAAUAAAAAGUAGUAAUGAGAUUAAUAUUGGAAAGCGUAAGAAACCUGCAAAGUCAGAUAUUGAAGAAGAAUGGGAGGAAAUUAGGCAAAAAGCAUUGGAAGUUUUGUAUCGAUGGUUACAGGUACCAUUGCAUAAAAUUUGGAGGCCACCUAUUGUCGAUAAUUCUUUCGUCAUGACUUUAGCACAGAUAUGUUAUAAGAUAUUAGAGCAGAGUAAGGAUACUAAGCAAAAGCAUAUGAGACAAACUAUAUUUGAGAUUCUAGGAACUUUGAUUAAAAAGUACAAUCAUGGAAUAACUUGUGUUGUGAGAAUCGUUCAGUUGGUGAAGUUGUAUGAUGCACUGGCGAUACCUAUAGCAACUGGUGUGGUACACAUGGUCACUGAAUGCGGCUGUAACGGUUUGGUAAAAGAAGUGAUGAAUGAAAUCGGACAAAGAGAAAUUAGCGAAACAGAUAGUCGCAACACAUCCGUAUUUCUUGAGAAUAUCGCGAUUUUGCAACCUAAUCUCAUAAUUCCUAUUCUUGAUGAAAUUACAGAUUAUCUAUCAAGUGAGUUUUAUACAAUGAGAAAUUGUGUAAUUGGAAUUUUGGGUGCUGUGAUAAAAAAAGCACUAACUGGCGAAGAUCUCACAGAGACAAAGAAAGAGCAACGUGAUGAAUGUCUGGAUAAUUUAGAAGAACACAUGUUGGAUUGUAAUGCUCAUGUGAGAUCAAAAGUUCUUCAUAUCUGGCAAGAUUUAUGCUGUGAAGGUGCUGUGCCAUUAGCAAGAUAUGGAAAGCUUUUAGCCAGCACUGCAUUACGACUGGAAGAUAAAAGUGCAAAUGUCCGCAAGCAAGCUCUUCUAUUGCUGCGUACCUUGUUACAAAGCAAUCCUUUCGCUGGCAAGUUAAAUUGUGUUGAAAUUACCAAAUCAUUGGAAAAAGAGACCAUAAAAUUACAAGAAUUAAAAACUCAAAUCGUAAGCUCUAGUGGACGUGGCAAUCAACAGAGAUUCGAGCUUUGGGUCAAUUUACAGUCAGACGUAAAGGCAGCAAUAAAGCAAGUUCUGAAAAAUGAUGAAGCAGAAGGCACAGAUAAUGUAGAACAAGAUGAGAAUAUCGAUCCAGAUGACGCGUUUGAGCACGUGAGACAAUUAUUAUUAAAUCAAAAAGUCACUGAAGCAGUGACAUAUUUGUGGAAAACAUGUACAAAAUUGAAGGAAGCUCCUGAAAUGAAAAAUCUAUCCAUCUCAGCGAAAGAGGAAUGUUUAUUCGCUUUUUUGUUGAAAAUCUUUAUAGAAUCAGAAAACAAAUUGGCAGAUGACAAAAAUGAAGAUUUAAAUGAUGCAGCAAAAUCAGAACAAGACAAUAAGAACGAAGAAGAAUUAAGAUUGCGAAAUCGCGUUAUAAAUUACUUGAAUAAAUGUCUCAAGUUCGCGACCGAAUUAGAGAAAGCAAUACCGAUGGCAGAGAAAUUAUUGUUUUCCACAUGUGUUGGAGAUGCUGUUGAAUCGUGCACAUUUUUAGGAACUGCUUUCCAAUUCGGAGUAACUGGUGCGGCUAGUUCUAUGCGCGAAGCAUUGUUUCAAGUAUUCCAUCGUGAUCAAUCUGUACGCAAUAACAUCGCCAUAGUAUAUAAACAAAUCUAUCUUGACAUAAAUAGUGAUAAACGAUCGACUCGUCAAAUAGCCAUUGCUCGUGCGAAUCGUCUUAUUGAAUUGUUGAAAGAAUUAAAGCCUGGACAGAGCUCAGCUUUGACUCUUUUAAUAGCGACAUGGUACGAAAACGGAGACUUAAACAACGAAUUGUUGCAAGUGUUAUGGGAAAAGUUCUCUAUGAAAUAUCCAGACACAUCGCCAAUAGACAGCAGAACCGCAUUAAUGAUAAUAACGAUGAUAGCGCAGGCGAAAUCUAACAUAGUUACAGAUAAUCUAGAUGUCUUAAUGAAAAUUGGAUUAGGCCCACGCGCAAAAGACGAUCUUCUUUUAGCGCGAGAUACCUGCAGAACGUUAUUAAAGAUAAAACAAAACAGUAAGGACAUCGAUAAAUUACCUCUAAGGUAUCCUAAUAAUCAUGAGAUAUUUAAAAAAAUCAUGAUAUUAUUAAUAGACUUUUUCACCAACACGGAAGAGAAUGCCUAUAUUUCUUUCACGACGGAUGCACUUAAUGUUAUAUAUCAUUUAGCAAAUCAGCCUGACAAAUUAAUAAAGGAAUUAUUAUCGAGCAUCACUGAGAAGGGUCAAUUCACAAAUAAAGAGAUGAAUCAAGUAUCAGAUGUGUCUAGCAUUGUACUUUCCAGAUUGCUUUAUAUAAUUGGACAUGUUGCCAUCAGACAGUUAGUUCACCUAGACAUAUCUAUUUACAAAGAACUAAAACGUCGAAAUAUGUUACGAGAAAUGCAGGGCAAGAAAAAGAAACGAACGAAAGGCGUGCUUCCAACGCCGGAUAUUAAAGCUAAGUCGGUGAAUUCAUUAACCUCGGCAAACGCAUUUUCUCGAGUAUCUCGAAAUUCUCGAAUAUCUCGAGAUACUUCAAUACUCACUGAGGAUAACGGGGAAGAAGCUUUAGAGGGUGCAAUAGAUGACGCCGAAGCAGAAUUCAUGAACGAUGUACUUGAACAUGAAAUCAUCACUGGGGAUGGCUUACUUACGAAAUUUGUUCCACUUGUAUUGGAUGUGUGUCAGUAUCCUAGUACCAAAUAUAAUAAUGAGAACGUGCAAGCUGCAGGUUCACUCGCGCUCAGUAAAAUGAUGACAGUAAGCUCUGAAUUUUGCGAAAAAUCUCUGCAACUUCUGAUUACCAUAUUGGAGCGAUCGCCAUAUCCCGGAAUCCGAUCAAAUAUGCUGAUUGGAUUAAGUGAUCUUGCCACUAGAUUCCCCAAUCAAGUGGAACCUUGGUCAAAACAUAUCUAUGGAAGACUUCGAGAUAAAGAUGUGAACGUGCGUAGAACAUGCGUCCGUAUGCUAUCGAAUUUAAUAAUGAGGGAAAUGAUACGCGUGAAAGGACAGGUUUCGGAAUUAGCUCUUUGUGUUAUUGAUGCGGAUGAACAGGUACGUCAAGACACGAAAGAAUUUUUCGUUCAACUUGCUCAGAAAGGCAAUGCUCUGUAUAACAUAGUGCCUGAUAUAUUAUCGCGCUUAGCGGAUCCUGAAUUGAAUCUCGAUGAGAAAAAUUUCCAGGAAACUAUUAGAUACAUUCUUGGCCUAAUGCAAAAAGAAAAACAAAUUGAUACGAUAAUUGAUAAGAUUUGCGCUAGGUUUAAAUUAGCUGCUACAGAAAGACAAUGGCGUGAUCUUUCUUAUUGUCUUUCGCUUUUGCAAUUCAGCGGAAAAAGUAUACGACGCCUUAUUGAAAGUUUACCGUUAUUGAAAGAAAAAAUUCAUUAUAAACCAGUAUUAAUAGCCUUGCAAAAUAUAAUCGAGCAAACGAAAAAAAAGGCAGACACGAAAGCCGCUAGUCUGGAACUGGAAGAGAAAAUUCAGGAACUUUUGGAGGCUAAAACAGAUAAUGAGAUAACAGACGAACACUUGAUGCCACCACCAUCUACCAUGCCAAGAAACAAGAGAAAUAUCCGUCGAAGCAGACGUAAAAGUAUUAGCGACGAAGAAGAAGAUAGCUCCGAUGAUGAAAAAGAUAGCUCUGAAGAAGAUAUAGAUGAUGUUGUCAAAGUAAAAAACAGCAAAGAAAUAUCCAAUAAUGAAAAGGUCUCUCAUGCGAAAUCAUUUACAAAAGAUGAUGACGAUAGCACUGAUGCUAUACCAGAUACCUCGAUGUUUGUAAAACAAGGCAAAAGAAAAGAACAUAUAAGAGGGAAAGACACAAAAGUGGCUGUUAGUAGUUGUGCGUCACCGUCCGUAAAACGAAAUAAACUUGAUAAAUCGUCGCAAGAAAUUUUAACAAGAAGGAGUUCCACUCGAUUGCGUAAAUAAUUUUUUAUUUGUAAAAUUAAAAUAUUUAAUGGGAAAAUAAUUUUGAUAAGAAUUAAA